GAUAGAACUAGAGGCAAACAAACAAACAAGAGCUAACGUUGGCGGGGCUAGCUAGUUAGCAAGCUAACGUCAGUCCGGGAAAAGCAAUGAUAGGCAUAGAGGCAAAAAUAAUAGUUAGCAUACGCCGGGCCUAGCUAGUUCGCGUGUCAGCCUCAGUAGCAGAAAACAAGUCGUAGAGCUUAAACGGGGGUUAACUAAUUAGCAUGCUAACUUCUGUAGAAGAAUAUAAGUGAUAUAUCUAGAAGCAAGAGUUAGUAUUGACUGGGGCUAACUAAGUUAGCGUGCCAACGUCAGUAGAAUUGAAGGCGUGGCAGAACUAGACCUAAAACAACCGUUAACAUUAGCAAGGGAUAGCUAGUUAGCAUGCUAACGUCCGUGGGAGAACAUAGGUGAUUGCAAUAGAGGCAAAACGAAAUAAACAGUAGCAGGGAGACAACUCUUGUGAGAGGGCGGAUCCGCCCGUCCAGGGGAACGAGAGGCAGAGCCAGUGGAAGGAGUGGGAGGGCUUUACGGUGUUUUUCGCUGGGUUUGAAACACGGGGAAGAAAACAGUGAGCCAGCCACGCCGCCCACCAAACAAGGCGAAGCGCGCAUCAACAAUUUCGCAACCGCUGCUGCUGCCGCCCCGUUUAAAUGCGCGGAGGAGCGGAGGAGGAGAGAGCAGACACCCACAGACAACCAGACAGAGGACUGCUGCUUUGUCCCUUAUCACCCGACAGAAACAGGAACUAAACAGGAACAAAAAAAGGCACACGGGAGCAAGCUAACACUUCCUGGACCAGUCUAACCACUGGAGAAAACCUCCAUCAAACUCUGAUGGAUGACCAUGCUACCACCAAAGGCCUGUGAAGUUGUGGACGGCGGUGAACCGUUAAGCGCUGGAGCUAGCCACACUUCCCUAGCAUCACUUGGAGCUGCGCAACCUUUCUACUAGCUUGUUUUUGACUUGCGUUCUCUAAAAAUAUCUGACUGUAAACAUAACAAAGGACUGUCGACCCACCUUUACAAAAUGGAGACUCUUUCCCAGGAUUCGAUUCUGGAGUGCCAGAUCUGCUUUAACUACUACAGCCCCCGCCGGCGGCCCAAACUCCUGGACUGCCGGCAUACGUGCUGCUCGGUGUGUUUGACCCAGAUGCGCAGCAGCCAGAAGGAGAUCCGCUGCCCCUGGUGCCGCGGCGUCACCAAACUCCCGCAGGGCCUGUCCGUCUCCCAGCUCCCAGACGACCCGGACAUCAUCACCGUCAUCGCCAUCCCCCACGCCUCGGAGCACACGCCGGUCUUCAUCCGCCUCCCCAGCAACGGCUGCUACAUGCUGCCCCUGCCCGUCGCCAAGGAGCGGGCGCUCGGGCUGCCGGGGGAGCUGGGGUGUCGCUUCCUGCCCGGCGGCCAGCAGAAAGGCGUCACCGUGGUCACCGUGCCUGAGCAGCAGCCGCUGGGCCUGGCUAUGGGUUUGGAAGGCAUGGGGGUGGGGCUGGAGGGAGGCGAGGGCGAGAGGAGAGUUACAGGCCCCGUUGGGGGAGGAGGAGGAGCGGGGAAGGGGUCCACGUGGUCCGGGGUGUGCACGGUGAUCCUGGUGGCCUGUGUGCUGCUCUUCCUCCUGGGCAUCGUGCUGCACAACAUGUCCUGCAUCUCCAAACGCUUCACCGUCAUCUCCUGCGGCUGAGGGCGAGGGGGAAGGUGGGGGAGGCUGCUCGGACUGCUGCAGACCCCCCUCUCAGCGCCCCCCUCCUGGAUUCACCCCACUCGCCCUGCCUCUCCUCGGGGCAGGACUCUGCACAGGAGGGGAUGGGCGGACUAAACUCACAUCACGGGCAUCCAAGGAAACUACAGAGCAACGUAGAGACACACAUGAAGAAGAUGAUGACGGGGACAAGAAGGAGAAUCUACAGUUAAAUCCCAUUUUAUUUAUUUCGGAGACUGAAAUUAAAACGGAAAAACCUUCACCUGCCGGCCCUGACACUCCCACCCUUUUCCUGCCCCAUUUCCUCUGAACGAACGCUUUGGGAAUUACUCCAGAUAUGUUUUUUUUCUGGCCCGUCACUCUAUUGCUCACAGUGGUUGGAUUGCCUGUUUAGUCUGUGGUUCGUAGAAGUACAUCAGUUAUCAUAGUGUUGUUUAGACGAGUGUAGGGUUUCUGAAUGUGGUGUCUCCAGCUGGUGCCGCGGUACACAGAGAGUCCGGACUUGGCCGCCCUCCAUCCUCUGAUGCUGCAGGAAUUAACUGUGCAAGGAUCCACGUCUGGCCCCAUCUGAGUCGUCUGGGAAACUCAAAAAUCAACGCAGCUUUCUCUCUUUUUUUUGUUGUUUCUUCAACACAGCCUGUUCCUGUUCAGAACAAACUGUUGCUAUGGUAUUUUUCAGCUGAAGUAAAAAAACAUGGGGUAGUACAAAUUAGCAAAUUAGUGCUAAAAUGAUCAUUUAUCAAGCAAGGAUGCCAAACAUUUGAUGACUCCAGCCUCUUAAAUGUGGGGAUUUGUUGUUUUGUUGUGUUUUAUAUGAUUGUUUAAUGAAUAUCUUUGGAUUUUGGUCCUUUUUUUGCACAAAAUGAGCAACUUUAGGAUGUUACUUGGGUUCCCAGAAUUAGCCAAACUGCCAAAAAUAUAUAGGCUAUCUGAUAAAGAUAGGCAAACUGGCAAAAGGUUAAAAGGAAAUGUUUGACAUAAAAAAACAAAGUAAUAUUUUCCCUCUUUCAGACUUGGAUGAGAGGAUCAAUACCCUUUUCUGUGUUUGUUUGCUAUUGAAAAUUAGCUUAGCCUGGUAUCAACUGGAAGCAGGGGAAAACAGCUAGCCUCGCCUAGCUACCAAUUAGCAUGUUGUAUCUUGUUUGUUUAAUCUGUGCACAAGCAAAAAUACAACCCUGCAGUAUAGAUGCUGCACAUGCUACUUUAAUCCAAACAAUAACUUUUGAAAUAAACAAACAAGAUAAAACAAAGCUUUAGUGUUUUUUUGAACGCUGACAAGAAGCUAACUUUUGGGAGGGUUUUACAGGAAGUCAGAUGCUAUAUGCUACAUGUGUUACAGUGCCUGUGAAACAACAAAUUGACAUUUGAAAUCAUUGUAAGGAUUAAGAAAGCAUGUUACAGUACUUUGAGUGCUUUAGAUGUGUUGAUUAUGGUAUAUUUGAACAUGGUAGGGAGCCAGACUAGCUAGGUUUUACAUGCUACAUGAGCAUUAGCAUGUGAAACCCUCUGAAACUACAACUUUUUUAACAAUUCAAAUUUUUGAAGGAUUAAACUGUGAGAUAAAACAUGAUUAAUUUUAACACUUUAGAUGUGUUACUGGGCAUGUUUUUUAUCUUUAAAGAAAGCUAGGCUAGCUGUUUCCCCUUAGCGCAGCUAGCUGCUAAGCUAAGCUAAUGCCCUCCUUGCUCCAGCUCUGUACUGCACAUAUGAAAGUGGGAUUGAUUUUCUCAUCUGACUCUCUGCAAGAAAGCCAACAAGAAAAAAUGAAAAAUAUUCUUUUAAAUAAAAACAAAAGUGUUCUUCUUCAGUGCAUCCAUUUUUCUGUUUUCCCACGGAUGCUUUUCAGCCAUCGCUUCUCCAUCCAUCUGUUUUUCAGCCUGACCUCCUUGAGACCACAGUCGUCCUCUAAAGACGGACUCACAGACUUUAGACUGGGCCCUUCGCCGCCAGCCCACACACUUAUCGACUUCUCAUCUUAAUACCUCCCUUACUUUAGAAACCAGGGCUCGACAGUGCGAUGGUAUGUGUUAAUGUGUGUGCGAUUGGCGGAUCAGUAACGGGUCAGGAGUGGGCGUGGGCGUGGGCGCUGCAAGGGUUCCCGUUAAUGACGUCUGUAUCGAUUUAUCUGCUUUUGAAUAUCUUAAUCUGCAGAGAUGGAUGUUUUUCUCUUUCUUUCUUUUUUAUUUUUCUUUUAUAUGUUGAGGCAGUUUUUGUCUGUUUACUAUAUCGUUAACACAGAAAAACAGGGUGAACUCUUUUUUUUGUACAGCAGCCUUGUCAUGUACAGAACGAUUGUAAUUUUUUUCUUUUCCUGAUAAUUUUCUUUUGUUUACAUGUUUUACUCACUGAUCUGAGAUUAGGGAGCGCUCUCUGUUUAAAGAAACAAGCGUGGUGAAUCAUGCAAGUUCACUUCAGGGCACUCAGAGUUAGCAUGACACAACAUGAGGAAAGAAAAGUUUGAUAUUUAGCAUAUGAAGAACUAUAAACAGCACCAACAUGUUAUAUAUAAAUACAUAUAUUCACUUGUUCACUUAAUUUAAUAGCUAAAUUAUGGAGGUUUCAGUCACUCACGGUAUAAAAAAGUGACUUUUUCCCUUAAAAUUGACAAUUUUCUGGAGCUUUUAGCAUGAUUUUACCACCUUAAACCAAAGCAAACCCUCAGACUUCGGAGAUUUUCAGAGUCUGCACGCUUAAAUCAGACUUAAACUGAUUAAAUCAAAAACAUACUUCAGCCAUUUUGCAGCUCAAAGCUUCCUGCACAUGAAUAUUCCUUUGAAAAAAAAAAGGGGGCCACAAUAGGGCAACUAUUUACUUAUGCAGCGAGAGGCUGAGUUAAGUUCAGCUGAACUGGUUCAUGUGGGACAUGUUGGCUGCUGUUGCUAUGAGACUACAGUUUGCUGAGAGCGUUUUUGAAGUUGCUGAAAGUUGAAAUAUUUUUAGCUCCUGGAGCUCGGAGCACAGCUUCACCCCGAGAUGCAGGAAAUCCCAUCAAAAUAAAAGGGAUUCGUGAAUAAUUUUGUGUUGUAACGUGUCUGGUAAGGAGAUUAAGAUGCAUUUAAGAAUAAUAAUAAUACUUUAAAUCAUCAGGAAAACCCUACAAGGGACAUUUGCACCAUUUACCUCAUCAACAGUGUGUUAUUUUGAUUUAUAAUAUAUUACAUUUUAGUCACAAUAAACCAUUUGAAAGCCAAAUAUAAACCUUUAAUAGAUGGUUUAAAGCACUUUAAUGUAGUUGUAAGCAGAUAUAUGGACAUAAAGUGUGUAUUAAUGCACAAUAUUUGUCAACAAUUAUUUCAUUUUCUAUUAUAAAACUGUAUUUUACUGUAUUAUAUGUUCAUUAUACACCAGCCUCCACUUUUAGGUUCAGUAUUAAUCACUAAUCUGCUUACAGUUGCAUUAUAUUGUGUUUGAAACCAUUUACUUUCAUGUGAUCUUUGAUCUUAAAAGUUGCUGUUGCAGCCUGACAGUAUUUCCACUGGGAAAGUGAAUAAAAAAAUGAAAGUUGUAACUGUUCAUCGUGGGGUUUUACACUCACAAGUACAGUACAUCACACACACGACCCGAGACGUGGCAUCUUCUGGGGCUUCGUGGCAAACUGUGACUCUGAGGGGGCGAGCAGAGAGUAAAUAUUUCGCUGUAAAACUUCUGACAGACUUCACUGGAACUACUUUCAACCAAAAAAAAGUCUAUUUGGAAAUUCUUCACUGUGUUUCCUCUGCUUUAUGACCGGAGUAAUGGGGUCAGAAACCAGGACAAAGAAAACCACAGACGACGUGCAAGAAGCUAAAGUGCAGAAAGGCUGAAGAUAUGUUUAUUUUUCAACUGUAAAAUGACAUUUCUGGCUAAAAAACAUAACACAUCCCUUAUUGGUUAGGCUGUAAUAGCUACAUACCUCUAAAUUCUUGACUAAAUAGGAAAAUAUUCCCUUUACUACAACAUCAGGCAGCCAUUUUGAACAUCCUCAGCUCUUGGGCGUCAACUUCGGCACUGAAUCUGAUCAGUUCUGCUAAAAAUCAUCAGAUUGUUUGAGGUAUUUUUGCAAAACUGGAGCAAAAGUAUUCUAAAUAAAUUCAAGAAAUCAAGGGAGAAUUGGAAUUGGAAUUAAUGGUGAUGUUUUGUCCUCUGUAAUAUGCACAGAUGUGAAGAUUUCUGACACAAAGCCUCCAAACGCUGCAAAAACCAUCUGUCGUAACCCUCAUUUAACUUAAAACAAGAAAGAUUAAAUGCAGUUCCUUUGUUUCAGGAGUUUACAUAGAGAAGUAACUGGCUAAAUUGGAAUAUUAUUGCUGGACAUGUGAGCUGAAAACAGUAUAAUCAGCUGUAACAUCCAUGAUAAAUGAGCCUCUCAAGUCUUUUCCCAUCUUGAAUGAGGCGUUUCACAUGAUGCAACGCAGGCAUGGAGAAACAAAUGAGCCUUCUUUCUUCUUUUUUUCACCUUUACACUGUUUGUACAGGAGCUGGUGUGUGAUACUUGGUUUAAAAAUCCCACUGUAACAUGCUGCCAAGCACAAAAGUAAGGUUGGAUUUCCACAUUUGGUUGCACCUGUUUUUGUUUUUCCAUGUGAAAUUAAACACUCCUUCACCGAAUGAGCAGCAAAGAUGAGACAGAAUAUUCUGUUCCUGCCAUAAUUCAACAUUUUCAUGGAAGAAUAAGCCUCUGAAUCUCUUUCCUGUCCUCUGCAAUAGUUGUUUUUUUCAAAUUGAGAAACUGCCCUGAACAUUUUUACACAAACUUUAAAAAAUUUAAGAUAAAGAGUGACGAGUAGAGACAGCGUAGGAGAAAGGAGGAGGCUUGUCGUUUCUGUGCCUGUGUGUUUGUAAAAUGCUGUGAAGUUCCUGUCGUAGUUUCCUGCUUCGCGUCGGGUCACGACGACGCAAGCAGCAGCUGUUUUUGGUGAACUAUUAAAGCAAAAAAAAAAAAAAAAAAAGCUCUGAAUCUGAA